AAAUAAAUAUUUUGUUAUUUUUUUCAAAACUGACAUUUGAGAGUUACGACAAGUACGAAAAAGUUGGUGAUCUUGAACAUUGAAACUUGCUUCUGCUAAAAUCCUUGUCUGGUUCUCUGAAUAUUUUCCAAAACUUGAAGAAGCCUAUGAGAUCAAAGUAAAACGUCAAAUUUUAAUUGAAGAUAUUUCUCUUGCUUGAACGCAAAUGAGCUGAUGUUGAAAGUCAUCUCUGUCAGCAGUUAUUAACAUUAGCGAUAUGAGACUAGAGCGUAAGCACUGUACCUGUUGGCUGAAAAAUUGUCACCACCACCACCACACAUGAUACAUGACCACCACAGGUACCACCACCAUUCUACAUGUGGUCCAGGAGGGAUUACAGACCGGUUGACCAGUCGGCGCAGGAAGUGGAGGACUUGCCAGGAAAUUUUUGAAAACGACAGUGUCACACGCAGGCAAAUGGUUAAUCAACUCAUGCAAAAAACAGCUUCUGGAAAGGCCACACCAGAAAGUGGCAGGAAGGGUCACGCGGGGUUAUAUGCAAGUCUCGAUUAGUACACUGUCGAGUGCAAAGACGUUCUUUGAACAGAGAGGAUUGACUGUAGUCGUUAGAGCGGGUUGAAAAGGCAUUUUUUCAUUUUUUCAUUUGUUUACGUUAACCUUCAAAUUGCUACUUGAAAUUUCCCUCUUUCCAUCUGAAAGUGUCUUUUCACUACGAACUCACUGUUUAUAUUAAUCUCCAAGGAUUACUGUGUAGUGCUUUUUCAAGUGAAAGGAAGAGUGACACUUGCUUCGCAAACUGCCUGUUUGAGCGGGAAACAUCGGUUACUCUUCUUCACCGAAGCUGGCCGCUUCCGCUCAGUAGAAAAAGUAAUCCUUAAAAUCUGUUUUGUGGAGGAAAAACAUUCAGCAACUAAUUCAAAAACAUGAAAUCAUCGGUUCAACUACAACAAUUUAAAAAAUGUAUGCUUUUAUGUAUGGCGGGAAUCUUGUGCAGUGGAUUAGCUUGUGCUUUGUACAUAAUAAAUCCUGUGAAAUUAAUUCUGGACUACCACUUGAGAAUGGCACCUGGGACUCUAGCGUUUGGAAUCUGGAGAAAACCACCUAUUGAAGUUUUUUUAAAAGUUUAUAUAUUUAAUAUUACUAACCCUAAAGAAUUUCUAAAUGGAGAUGAACAACUGAAGCUUGAAGAAAUUGGACCAUACGUUUAUCAGGAAUUAUUGGAACAUCAAAAUAUAAUAUGGAACGAUAAUGGAACAAUGACAUAUUUUCCAAAAAGGGAUAUAGUUUAUGUCCCAGAAAUGUCAGUGGGAGACCCGAGGAAAGUUACUGUCACAGUACCAAAUGUUCCAAUAUUGGGAGUUACAUCAGCACUUCACGACAAAGGCUUUUUAUUAAAUUUUCCUCUGACUCAAUUCUUAAACGCUAUGGGUGCCAAACCAAUAUUAAACAUGUCCGCUUACGAGUAUUUAUGGGGCUAUCAUGAUCCAAUAAUAAAAUUGGCAGGCAGCAUUGUACCAGGUUUUAUAAAUUUUCAGAAAUUUGGCUUGUUGGAUAGGAUGUACGAUGAAGGACACAAUGUUGUAACAAUGAAUAUAAAGCACAGUAAAAACAUGACGGAUGAAAAGGAGCGCUACCUAAGUAUUCAUACUUACAAUGGAAGUCCAGGAUUAUCUCAAUGGGGGUAUAUAAAACCUAAUGGAAAUGUUACUCCUGCAGAAGACGUGACAUGUAACACAGUACAAGGAGCAACAGAAGGAACUUUAUUCCCUUCGCAUUUAAACAAGCAAGCAGUCUUCAGGGUCUUUAGGAAAUCUUUCUGCAGGGCUCUUCCAAUUAUUUUUCAAGAAGAAUUGGUAUCAAAAGAAGGAAUUUCCGUCUAUAAAUAUGGAUUUGCAGAUAACUUUUUGGAUCCACCUGAUAUUAAUCCAGAUAAUCAAUGUUUAUGUAAAAAAAGUAAUAAAUGCCUAAAAAAAGGACUUUCUGAUUUAACGCCUUGCUACUACAAUAUUCCGGUUGCCAUUUCAUUACCUCAUUUUUUGGACGCUGACCCCAGUUUAACGAAAAGAAUUCAAGGUCUUAAUGCUGAUCCCCAAAAACACAAGACCGCAAUUUACGUGCAACCAGAUAUCGGAAUACCUAUGAAAGUUCAAUCUAGAUUGCAGAUAAAUCUUGUUAUGCAGGAGUCGCCUUAUAAUCCAAAAAUGGCUGAAUUUAAUGGCAUGACUGUACCAGUCAUUUGGAGUGAACUGCUUAUAGCUCAAUUGCCAAGCGAUUUAAUGUGGAUAAUCCAACUUUCUACAAACAUUGGUCCAAAGAUAACAACUGCCUUUAUUUGUAUCUUGGUAAUCUCUGGUGCCGGCCUCGUGUCAUUAUCCAUGGCAGGUACUCUUUGGGUGUUAAACCAACAACAAGAGGAAGAAAGUGGAAGGAGGGAUAGUUGCGACCUUAGAAUUCCUUUGGGCUACGGUCAAUAUACAGGUAUAAGAAUUCUACCUGCAAUCAAGAAAAUCACAUCUCGGACGGACAUCUUCGUAUAAUCAAUACAUUAAAAAAGGUUUUUUUUUUUUGCUUGAGAGUGUGUAUUUGUACGUAUUAUUAACUGCACAAUUGUCUUUUGUUUUACCUCAAUAAAUGAAAGCAUAUUUGUAAAUAGAAACGCGAACUGAGCAAUUCAUUGUGGCAGCCAAUUACAACAUUAUAUUUAGAUUAGUUUUUAUAAUUUUUAUUUGGUGUAAAUAAAGACAUCGUUAAAAAUAAAUUAAUUUAUAUGUAAUUCUAUAACAAUAUCAACCAAUAAGCUUGUAAUUUUUUAAGAAGAAAAUGGACUACAGUGAAUUACUGAAAUGAUUAAAAGUUGUUCCUUAACUUUUAAUGAUAAAUAAAGUUUCCAAAAACAUAUUUUUUUAAGCCAGUCACAAUAUUAUAUAAAAAUGUGAUUCUGAAAUAAGUAAAUUGUGUAAAUUAUAAUCAAUAAGUAAUUUCUGCUUUAGUAUACAUAUAUGUAUUAAAUAAGUUUUCACCGUAUUGUAUAAAUUAUCUACAAUGUGACAAAACAACUGAAUAAGUUAUUUAAAUGUUAAAUAUUUUAGUUUAUUAAAAUGUAAAUUAUUUAAUAUCUAUUUCUCCUUUUUCAAUAUUAUUAUUGAUAUAUUAGAGGGAGAGAAAUAAUUUAUAAUUUUUAAAAAAUCAAUUUUCUUUUUUUGCAUAAAAUUUUAGUAUCAAAUUACAAUGUAGUCAAUUUUUAAACCACUUAAGGAAUACGAUUUAUGUUGUAUUUCUUGGUUACCGCGCGCCACAAUAGUGAUGUAUAGAGAUUCGAUAUAAAUAAAAGUCUUGCCCUUUUA